GCAAAAAGAAACAUGUCUGGCUGCGGUGGCCACUGUGGAUGUGGCUCUAACUGCAAGUGUGGUGGAGGAUGCAAGAUGAUUCCUUAUCUCACCGUUUCUGAAGCGAAGGGUGCUGAGAUCUUGAUUUCUGGAGUUGCCCCGCUAGUUGGGUACACCUCCUCUUCAGCUUCUUAUGGUCUUGAUCAUGUUCUUCGUUCCUCCUUUAAUUUCCCUUGCUCAAUGAAUUUUGCGAAUUUGAUUGAGUGCAGGAGUUUCAUUGGAGUACCGGAGAAGAUUGAAGGAGGAAAUGAUGUGAGUGAAGGGUGCAAGUGCGGCAGGUGUGGCUGUGACCCAUGCACCUGCAAAUGAUAUCUCUUCCGUGUUUCC